CUGCGUUUCUACCAGCGGCACAGUAGAGGCCGUGGAGACAUGUCCGACCACUUUGCCUUUGCCACUUUCUUCCCUGAGAUCUUUCAACCCAUGGUGGGUCUCGUGGCCAACCUGGUGCACAGCAUCCUGGUGAAGGUGAAGGUCUGCCGCAAGACGGUCAAACGCUACGAUGUGGGCGCCCCGUCGUCCAUCACCAUCAGCCUCCCGGGGACAGACCCCCAGGAUGCCGAGAGGAGAAGGCAGCUGGCCCUGAAGGCCCUGAACGAGCGGCUGAAGCGCGUGGAGGACCAGUCAGCCUGGCCUAGCAUGGAGGAUGACGAGGAGGAGGCAGGGGCGAAGGCCGACAGCCCGCUGCUGCCUGAGCCCAGCACAGUCGGGAAGGGUGCCAGCCAGGAGUCCAGCCUCAUCACCUUCCAGGAUGCCCCAUCCCAGCUGUGCCCGGCCGACACGCCGCCCCCCUUCCCCACCCCGUCUCCAUCGGAGAGCUGCUAA